AUGGAUUCCGCGGCCGGGUCCUCGAGCGCCCUGGUGCGCAAGAGGACCGACACUGACCUGAUGCCACCUCCGCCUCCAGCAAAGAAGAUCAAGAGACCGAAAAGGGUGCUGGAGGAGGAUGCCUACACCGAGGCCCUCUCUCAGAUUAUUGCCAGAGACUUCUUUCCGGGCCUUUUGGAGACGCAGAUUCAACAGGAGUACCUGGACGCGUUGGAGUCGAAGGAUGCGGCCUGGAUAACAAGCGCCGGUCGAAGGCUCCGAAGCGUCAUGACACCUGGUCGCAAACCCGCCAGAUCAGCCUCAACAGUCAACGCUACAAGCGGCAACCAGACACCUACUAGUUUCGUCGGGGAUACACCAGCGUCGAUGGCAACAAGCGUCGCGCAAGACAAGCCGAAGCUGGACCUCAACCUGAGCCUGUCGGCAUUUCAGGCGACCUACACUAGCGAGGACAACGAGAGCUUCUAUAAGCUGAUUGACAGGCAGAACCAGAAGAGGGCUGAUAAGUACGCUUGGCUCUGGCGCGGAAACAAGCUGCCCUCGAAGCAGAUGAUCAAGCAGAAAGAGGUCACCGACAGGCUGGAAAAGACUCGAAGCCUGGUUGAUGACGGGUUCAAGAGAGAUUUAUUGGCCAUUAAGGAUGUUGAAGAGCGGCCGGCGCGGCCGGAAGCGUGGAACGCAGCCCCGAGGAAUGGCUUAAUGUUUACCCCGGACGGCCUCGAGGACGGCGUCAAGACGGUCGCCGAGAGCGCAGAGGAGCAGUCUCGAAUGGCGCCACGUUCCAUCAGCUACGAGAACACAAGGAUGCCACAGCCUCACGUGCCGCAACGGCCGCCGUCGCCGACCAUGUCGUCGGUGCGCGACGCCAUUGCGGGAAAGCCGCGUCAGAACGAUCUCGAUUCCAGCAUUGUUGGCGGCGGCGAAACUCCUCGGGUAAACGGUUACGCUUUUGUAGAUGACGAAGACGGCGACGGUGCUGCAACCCAGCCCGCGCCUAUCAUCAAUCUGGGACCUGGAGAUGCAACGAAUCCCUUCAAGAUACAAGACCAGAGAAAGCGAGAGCUUCUUCAUGAACGAAUGGUGGAGCGCAUCUCUAAGUCUAAGAGUGAUUCUCAACGGAGGGGGUUCACAGGCAAGGCGACUGCGAUGGAGACACCGCGAUUCACCAGCGGCCCCAGAGUAUCGGAAGGCUUGACACCAGCUGCGCAGCGACUAUGGAGCAAGAUGGCGACGCCUCUGAGGGGGAAAGCAGGCGAACCCUUUGGGCAAGCAACGCCAAGGAAGCCCAAAGGCUCGCUUCUGAAGAGUGUCAGCAGGAAGCCACCCAAAGCAGAGUGA